GGCCAUCCGCUCAGCUCUCUUCUGUGCUCCUCGGUCCUACCUGUUCCUCAGCCAAGCGCUGUCCUCACCAUCUUCUCUCCCCUGCACCGGCAUCUUUAGUAUGGGCACCCGGCUGUAUCUGUUAAAUCUCGGGUACAACCCCCCCCCCUGCUCCCAAAGGUCCGCUGUGUUUGGUCAUCUCUUGUACUAUGUCUGCAGUCUCUGGUCAUCUCCUGUACUAUGUCCGCAGUCUCUGGUCAUCUCCUGUACUAUGUCCGCAGUCUCUGGUCAUCUCCUGUAGUAUGUCCGCAGUCUCUGGUCAUCUCCUGUAGUAUGUCCGCAGUCUCUGGUCAUCUUCUUUACUAUGUCCGCAGUCUCUGGUCAUCUCCUGUACUAUGUCCGCAGUCUCUGGUCAUCUCCUGUACUAUGUCCGCAGUCUAUGGUCAUCUCCUGUACUGUGUCCGCAGUCUCUGGUCAUCUCCUGUACUAUGUCCGCAGUCUAUGGUCAUCUCCUGUACUGUGUCCACAGUCUCUGGUCAUCUCCUGUACUAUCUCCGCAGUCUAUGGUCAUCUCCUGUACUAUGUCUGCAG